AGGGGAGCGCCCGGACACAGCGCGCAUCCGGACCGAGCCGAGCCCCGGCGAGCCCCCCGGACCCGUCGCCCGGAUCUCACGCCCCUUCCUUCCCAGACCCCAGACCCGUGGGUUCCCACCCCCAAGGCUUCCCUCCUUCCUCCCCCGCCGGCGCCCGCGUCUCCAUCCCCAGCAUCCUCCCCGCGCCCCUGCGAAUCCCCCGCACGAGCAGCCCAGGAGCUCCCCGCCUCCCCAGGACCCCCGGCCCGCGGCCCCCGAGCCCCUUCCCCGCCCCUGCCUCCCCCGCACCGGCUCGUCCUCUCCCCCAGCCUCCGCGGGUCCCUCUUCCCUGCCCGCUUCCCUCCCUCUCCCCGGUUUGCCCCCACGACCGUCCUCCCCGCCCUCCUCCGCCCAGCUCGGCGCCCCCACCCAGGCCGGGGCGCAGGGUCCGGCGCGCCUCCGGAGCAGCACCAAGGUCCCGGGGCUCCGCGGGGUGGGGGCGCAGGGCGGGGAGCAUGGGGAGGGGGCGCCCCGUGUGAUGGGAGGGGGGCGCAGGCGGAGGCGGCGGCGGCGGCGGCGACAGCGGAGCCGGGCCGGGGGCUCAGCGGGGGCCGGGGGCUGGGGGCAGCGGGCAGGGCGGCCCCAUGGCCGGGCCCCCCUGAGGCAGUCCGGGGGAGUCCCCUCCCCUCCCCAGCUCGGGGGUCGCGGGGCCCCAUGAGCCGGGGCGCGGGCGCGCUUCAGCGCCGGACAACGACCUACCUCAUCUCGCUGACCCUGGUCAAGCUCGAGUCGGUGCCGCCGCCGCCGCCGUCUCCGUCCGCGGCCGCCGCCGGCGCCCCCGGGGCCCGAGGUGCCGACACCGGGGACCCGGGCAGCCCCCGGGGCGCGGAGGAGCCGGGCAAGAAGCGGCACGAGCGUCUCUUCCACCGGCAGGAUGCGCUGUGGAUCAGCACGAGCAGCGCGGGCGCCGGGGGCGCAGAGCCCCCCGCCCCGGCCCCGGCCCCGGCCAGCCCGGCCCGCCCCGUGUCCCCCGCCACCGGCCGCCGCCUGUCCCUCUGGGCCGCCCCGCCGGGGCCCCCGCUGUCCGGGGCGCUGAGCCCGGAGCCCAAGCCCGGGGGCGCCCCCACGCCGCGGCGCCCCUUGCUCAGCAGCCCGAGCUGGGGGGGCCCGGAGCCCGAAGGCCGGGCGGGCGGCGGCGUCCCCGGCUCGUCCUCCCCGCACCCCGGCACCGGCAGUCGGAGGCUCAAGGUGGCGCCGCCCCCGCCGGCUCCCAAGCCUUGCAAGACCGUGACCACGAGUGGCGCCAAAGCCGGCGGGGGCAAGGGCGCGGGCAGCCGCCUGUCAUGGCCCGAAAGCGAAGGCAAGCCCAGGGUCAAGGGGUCAAAGAGCAGCGCGGGGACUGCAGCUCCCGCCGCCGCCGCCGCCGCCGCCGCCGCGGGAGGAGGAGCCGCAGCCACGACCUCCGGUGGGGUCGGCGCUGGGUCGGGAGCCCGAGGGAAGCUGUCCCCUCGGAAAGGCAAGAGUAAGACCUUGGACAACAGUGACUUGCACCCGGGACCGCCUGCUGGCUCUCCUCCUCCGCUAACCCUCCCGGCAACCCCGGCUCCAGCCGCCGCUGCCACCGCCGCCUCCGCGCAGCCCACUGGGCCUGCACCUCCAAUCACUCUGGAGCCUCCAGCUCCAGGGCUGAAACGGGGCCGGGAGGGGGGCCGAGCAUCCACUCGAGAUCGCAAGAUGCUCAAGUUUAUCAGCGGCAUCUUCACCAAGAGCACAGGGGGGCCUCCUGGCUCGGGGCCCCCUCCCGGACCCCCGGGCCUGUCUUCUGGCAGCGGGUCCAGGGAGCUGCUGGGCGCAGAGCUCCGCGCCUCCCCUAAGGCGGUGGUCAAUAGCCAGGAGUGGACUCUGAGCCGCUCCAUUCCUGAACUGCGCCUGGGUGUGCUGGGCGACGCCAGGAGUGGGAAGUCAUCGCUCAUCCACCGAUUCUUGACCGGUUCCUACCAAGUGCUGGAGAAGACAGAAAGUGAGCAGCACAAGAAAGAGAUGCUGGUGGAUGGACAGAUUCAUCUAGUGUUGAUCCGAGAAGAAGCUGGGGCACCUGAUGCCAAGUUCUCAGGCUGGGCAGAUGCUGUCAUCUUGGUCUUCAGCCUGGAGGAUGAAAACAGUUUCCAGGCUGUGAGCCAUCUCCAUGGGCAGCUCAGCUCCCUUCGGGGGGAAGGACGAGGAGGCCUGGCACUGGCAUUGGUGGGGACACAAGACAGGAUUAGUGCUUCCUCCCCUCGAGUGGUGGGCGAUGCUCGUGCCAGGGCUCUGUGUGCAGACAUGAAGCGCUGCAGCUACUAUGAGACGUGUGCAACCUAUGGGCUCAACGUGGACCGCGUCUUCCAGGAGGUGGCCCAGAAGGUGGUGACCUUACGAAAACAGCAACAGCUUCUGGCUGCCUGUAAGUCCCUGCCCAGCUCCCCAAGCCACUCGGCUGCUUCCACUCCUGUAGCUGGGCAGGCUAGCAAUGGGGGCCACACCAGCGACUACUCUUCUUCCCUCCCAUCCUCACCCAACGUCGGUCACCGGGAGCUCCGAGCUGAGGCGGCUGCGGUGGCUGGAUUGAGCACCCCAGGGUCCCUGCACCGGGCAGCCAAGCGUAGGACCAGCCUUUUCGCGAAUCGUCGGGGCAGUGAUUCGGAGAAGCGGAGUUUGGACAGUCGGGGAGAGACAACGGGGAGUGGGCGAGCCAUCCCCAUCAAACAGAGCUUCCUCCUGAAGCGAAGUGGCAACUCCUUGAACAAAGAAUGGAAGAAGAAGUAUGUGACCCUGUCCAGUAACGGCUUCCUACUCUACCACCCGAGCAUUAAUGAUUACAUCCACAGCACCCAUGGCAAGGAGAUGGACUUGCUACGAACCACAGUCAAAGUCCCUGGCAAGAGGCCCCCAAGAGCCAUCUCUGCGUUUGGCCCCUCAGCCAGCAUCAAUGGGUUGGUCAAGGACAUGAGCACCGUACAGAUGGGUGAAGGUCCUGAAGCCACCACUCCCACCCCAAGCCCAAGCCCCAGCCCCAGUUCCCUGCAGCCACCACCAGACCAGACAUCCAAGCACCUGCUGAAACCAGACCGGAAUUUGGCCCGUGCCCUCAGCACUGACUGUACCCCAUCUGGAGACCUGAGCCCCCUGAGUCGGGAACCCCCUCCUUCUCCCAUGGUGAAGAAGCAGAGGAGGAAAAAAUUGACGACACCGUCCAAGACUGAAGGCUCAGCUGGGCAGGCUGAAGCCAAGCGCAAAAUGUGGAAACUAAAAUCCUUUGGUAGUUUAAGAAAUAUUUAUAAAGCAGAGGAAAACUUCGAAUUCUUGAUCGUGUCCAGCACUGGUCAGACGUGGCACUUCGAGGCAGCCAGUUUUGAGGAGCGGGAUGCCUGGGUCCAGGCCAUCGAAAGUCAGAUCCUAGCCAGUCUGCAAUGCUGCGAGAGCAGCAAGGUCAAGCUGCGCACCGACAGCCAAAGCGAGGCGGUGGCCAUCCAGGCGAUCCGGAACGCCAAGGGGAACUCCAUCUGCGUGGACUGCGGGGCCCCGAACCCCACGUGGGCCAGCCUGAACCUGGGCGCGCUCAUCUGCAUCGAGUGCUCGGGCAUCCACCGGAACCUGGGCACGCACCUGUCCCGCGUCCGCUCGCUGGACCUGGACGACUGGCCCCGGGAGCUGACCCUGGUGCUGACGGCCAUCGGCAACGACGUGGCCAACCGCGUGUGGGAGAGCGACACGCGGGGCCGCAGCAAACCCACGCGGGACUCUUCGCGGGAGGAGCGGGAGUCGUGGAUCCGCGCCAAGUACGAGCAGCUGCUGUUCCUGGCGCCGCUGGGCGCCCCCGAGGAGCCGCUGGGCCGCCGGCUGUGGGCCGCCGUGCAGGCCCAGGACGUGGCCGCCGUCCUCCUGCUCCUGGCCCACGCGCGGCACGGGCCGCUCGACUCCGGCGUGGAGGACCCGCAGCUUCGCUCCCCCCUGCACCUGGCGGCCGAGCUCGCCCACGUGGUCAUCACGCAGCUGCUGCUGUGGUACGGCGCCGACGUGGCCGCCCGCGACGCGCAGGGCCGCACCGCGCUCUUCUACGCGCGCCAGGCCGGCAGCCAGCUGUGCGCCGACAUCCUCCUGCAGCACGGCUGCCCCGGCGAGGGCGGCAGCGCGGCCACCACCCCCGGCGCGGCCCCCGCCCCCGGCGCCGCCGCCACGCCCAGCCCCCGCCGCCGGAGCAGCGCCGCCAGCAUGGGCCGCGCCGACGCCGCCGCCGUGGCGCUGGUGUAGCCCCGGGCGGAGCGCCCCUCCCGCGGCCGGCACGAGCAGGCCGGGCGGACCGCCGGACACACGCGCCGCUCCCGUCCGCACCCCCCGGGCGCACCUGUCCCCCCGAGGCGCGGCCCCCGCGCUCCAGAGGACACGAGUCGCCCCCCGCCCAGCGAGCCUCGGCGACCCACAGCCCGGCCACCGGCCCCACCCGGACCGCUCUGGGUCCCCCGCGGGGUGCGCCCCCUGGGGUGGGCUGGGGGGAGGUCCCAGCGGGAGCGCACACCCAGGCUGGCUCCUGGGGCCGCCGAGGGGGGCUGGCGCGUGCGGGAGCCAGCCCUGGGACUCGGGCCGAGACCGGGGCCCCCACCCCUUCCAAGCUGAUCUCACUGCCCAGUGAAGGGGGAAGGGCAGCGAGGGGCAGGACCCCUGCUGCCCAAGGGGGUAGGGGGGUCCCCAACCCUUUCCGUGAAAGGGACCAUGAGGAGUGGAAAUCAGGACGUCCCCCCACACCCACCCAUGGAUGGAAGCCGAAGGGCCGGGGGAGCCAAGAGCCUGGGCCCCUCCUCACCACCAGCUCGGGAGGGAGGAGAGAUGGAGCCGAGCCGAGCGGGCUAAGGGGACCGGGGAGGGACCUUGUAAUUUAUUGCUUUGUUCCCCAACGAG